AUGGUAGACUCGUCUUCUCCCCGGGCGACACAUGUCACGAACCAUGUACGAUACCCCCGAUUGCCACUACGUAUUCCCCGCUGUUUGACGCCCCCACCCAAACCACCUCAUCCUUAUGCUCUCCUUUUCGCCCUCGUCGGAGUACAUUUCCCAUGUCUACGAAACCCAUUGAUCAGCAUCUCGGCGCCGGAGUCCAGGAGUCGAUUGUGCGCUUUUUGGAGGAUACCCUCUGUGAUGCCGACGCGUCGUGCCGUAUCGUCAGCUUGGGCGGUUUUGAUCAGCCACUUUGUUGUGGAGGGUCGCUGUAGUCUUUGUUUUGUUUUGUUAUGUUUUUGA